AUGCUGAUUAAGUUUUUCCUGUCAUGGAUCAAGCAAGGCGAGAGAUUCUACCGAGCAGUCAUCCUGCAGCUCAGCACUUCCAUUGGAGGCAUUCCCGAGUUGGAGGCAAUCGCGCAGCACGAGAAGAGCAAUGGCGACACCGGCGAAAGCCAACCAGUCGAUAUUCCUUCUGCCCUUCGGGAGGCCGUGCUUGAAACUUGUCAUCGCACCUUGGUGUACUUGGGAGACCUCUCUCGGUAUCGCGCUGCCGAAAAGCUCGACAAGGAGCCCGACUUUGGUCCUGCAAUCGGAUACUAUGGCUUGGCAGCCUCGUUGAAACCUCGCUCAGGCCUGGGGCAACACCAGCUCGCAGUAGUUGCUCUUGGCCAGAGCCGUCAUCUAACUGCAAUCUAUCACCUAUAUCGUUCCCUCGCUGUUGACGACCCUCACCCGAAUGCUGCCAAGAAUCUCCGCUUGGAGUUCGAGAAGACGAACUCGGCUUGGGAUAAGGGCGAACUCAUUCAGAAGGGCAUGCCGAACGAUCCUGAUGCCUCCAAGCACGCCUUGGUCGGCUGGUUUGUUCGGCACCACGGCAUGUGCUUCCGUGGAGAGCCAUUCCGUGCGCACGAAGAGCUCGAGCGUGAGGUGCUCAGUCAGCUCUCUAAUGUUCUCAAGCAGCGCGCACUUGAUGGUACCCUCAUGCGUAUGGUAUUGGUCAAUAUCGCAGCUCAAUUCAUCGCAGGAGAAGGAUUUCAGAGUGAGUCCGAUCACACUUCCUCUUUCUACUAUUUCUUCAGAUUCAACCUCAAGUCCUUCACGGCAUUGCUUCGCACAUUCUACGACGAUCUUCGUGCUUUGCUCCUCAACAUGGAUGAUCACGACGUGGAACUGGAGAAGAAGCUCACGGACAACGGUCGCCGUCUCUUGCCCUGCCUCCGCGUCUACAAUAAUUGGCUUCUCACCACUAUCAGAAUGGUCAUCGGUCUCGCUGAUGAUGAUUUUGUCGGUGAUGCUGUCGCUCACUUCUGGCCCAUGUACGCGAAGACACUCGACCUAAUGGCUCAAGCAUUCCCAAUCUGGGAUCUCGACGAUAUAUCGACCGUAGCAUACAUGCUCGAGGAGGAUGUUGAUACCCUCGAGUUCCAGCCAGUGUUGUCAGAAGAGACGAUGAAAACCUGGUAUUUGAAGCCGAACAACACACUCAGACCUCGUUUCUCGGCUCGAGACACCGUUCGCGUUUCUGUUGAUGAGGAGAUGCUGUGGCGAGUCCGGGCUUUCCUUGAAAUCGGCGUUAACCUGGCAUCUUCUGACAAUACUGCACCAAUUCACAUCCGUGGA